GCUUUGGAAUUGGCUCUUCGUCGACUUCCGGCAUCCCCAGGGGGCUUCCGCUGUCAUGGCGGCCUGAAGUCUCUGCCGUCGCGCUGGUCGCUGCGGCCAUCCGUCAGACAGCGGAGUCGCUGGCCCCGCUGACGGGGAUGUGACCGCGGGCCCCUCCGGCGUGUCCCGGGCUCCGCGCCAGCUCUCCUGCCCGUCUGCCGCCUUCCCCUCAGCCCGUCAUGGCGGGGUCUGGCUGCGUGUGGGGCGCGGAGCCGCCCCGCUUCCUGGAGGCCUUCGGGCGGCUCUGGCAGGUGCAGAGCCGGCUGGGCAGCGGCUCCUCGGCCUCCGUGUACCGGGUGCGCUGCUGCGGGACUCCCGGAUCGCCGCCCGGGGCCCUCAAGCAAUUCCUGCCGCCCGGCACCACUGGAGCCGCGGCCUCGGCCGCCGAGUACGGCUUUCGCAAGGAGAGGGCGGCGCUGGAGCAGUUACAGGGCCACCGAAACAUCGUGACCCUGUAUGGAGUAUUUACGAUCCAAUUUUCUCCAAACAUGCCAUCACGCUGUCUACUUCUUGAACUCCUGGAUGUCAGUGUUUCGGAACUACUUUUAUAUUCUAGUCACCAAGGGUGUUCCAUGUGGAUGAUCCAGCACUGUGCCAGAGAUGUUUUAGAGGCCCUGGCUUUUCUUCACCAUGAGGGUUAUGUCCAUGCAGACCUAAAGCCACGUAACAUACUAUGGAGUGCAGAGAACGAGUGCUUUAAACUCAUUGACUUUGGUCUUAGCUUCAAAGAAGGCAAUCAGGAUGUAAAGUAUAUCCAGACAGACGGGUAUCGGGCUCCAGAAGCAGAAUUGCAGAAUUGUUUGGCCCAGGCUGGGCUACAGAGUGAAACGGAAUGUACCUCAGCUGUUGAUCUGUGGAGCCUCGGAAUCAUCUUACUGGAAAUGUUCUCAGGAAUGAAACUGAAGCAUACAGUCAGAUCUCAGGAAUGGAAGGCAAACAGUUCAGCUAUCAUUGAUCACAUAUUUGCCAGUAAAGCUGUGGUGACCUCUGCAAUCCCAGCCUAUCACCUCAGAGACCUUAUCAAAAGCAUGCUUCAUGAUGACCCAGGCAGAAGAAUUCCAGCUGACAUGGCACUGUGCAGUCCCUUCUUUAGCAUUCCUUUUGCCCCUCAUAUUGAAGAUUUGGUAAUGCUUCCUACUCCUGUGUUAAGACUGCUGAAUGUUUUGGAUGAUGACUAUCUUGAGAAUGAGGAAGAAUAUGAAGAUGUGGUAGAAGAUGUGAGAGAGGAGUGUCAGAAGUAUGGGCCAGUGGUGUCUCUGCUUGUUCCAAAGGAGAAUCCUGGCAGAGGUCAGGUCUUUGUUGAAUAUGCAAAUGCCGGCGAUUCCAAAGCUGCCCAAAAAUUACUGACUGGAAGGAUGUUUGAUGGGAAGUUUGUUGUGGCUACAUUCUACCCACUGAGUGCCUAUAAGAGGGGAUAUCUGUACCAAACCUUGCUUUAAUCACUGACCUGCUAUCAGGAGACUUGUUAGCUCCUCUUCUUCCAUUUUCUAGGUUAUUGUGUUUCCCAUCUGAAUGCAAAAGAAGCUUACCAUCCUAUCAGGAGUAAUUUGUAUAUUUAAUCCUAUUGGCCUACCGCGUUUUCCAAACAGUGAUUGCAGACUAAAUCAUACUUCAUACUGGGUAGGACAGGAGACCUUCUGCCUAAACACUGAAGUGUUUUAUAGCAUCCAUAUGGCAUCCCUUGUCUCUGCAGUAGGGCAGGUGCUGACAUUCAAUUAGAAUCCAGAAAAGUAAUUCAGUAGUAUGGUCAUGGAGCAAGAGUUACUAAUAACGUGUUCCAAUGAAUGUUUCACCAAAAAUAUUAGGAUGUUAACACCAGUUAGAGAUUAUUUUUGUCUUGUCAGGUAAUUUUUCUUAUAAUUGAUAUCCAUAACUGGCAUUGGAUGUUCUCAGUACUAUUAAGUAAUGAAUGCUUAGGCAGUAAUUUACUAGUUGGUUUUUAACAUGAAGUUGUGAUUUUUUAAAAGGAGUACUUUAGCCCUGAAUGUUCCUUUAAAGAAACUCCAGUGAGGCUACCUAAACAUUUUUAUUUUAAUUGAAGCAUUUAAAUUGAAAAGUUAAUGAUUAAUCUUGCACAAUUUUUAUGCCUGGUAUGGGGGUGUCUGUGUGUGUGUGUGUGUGUGUGUUUGGUUGCCAAAGUCAGAUGUGUGUCUUCUGUUGCUUAAUACAGUUUAGGCUUAUUGUUUUCCUCUAUGUGUCUCAGAGCUAUAAGAUAGGAGAAAGAAAUUUGGUAAUAUAGGUGCUCAGUUGUAAUUUCUAUACAUUUCAAAAUAGGCCAUUCAUUCCUGAGUAGUUUAUAGCAAGCUUUGGGAUUGGAAGAAUAAUGAGAAGGGGAAAAGUAAAAUCUAAACUGUAAUUUUUUUAAUGUACAUUGAAAUCCUUUUAAAAGUGAAUCUAAGGAAUUGAAGAAAUUUAUUUACUUUAGGAGUUUUGCUACACAUACAUUUUCAUAUCAUCCAGUCUGGUGUAGGGCUUAUAUAAGCCCAGCAGUAAGACUUCUUGAGCUAUGCUUUUCUCUGCUGCAAAAAAAAUUAAACUGGGAUCAAAAAGGAUGGAAUUAGGCAAAAUGUAUAAGAAGGGGAAGAAAAGUCAGGCAAAAGAUGUAGAAGGUCAGAUUUUUCUUUUUUAAUGUUCUCUUAUUUCUUUUUGGUAGAAACAGCAGUUGAAGGAGCUGAGUGGACUGGCUUUGGAUUGCAGAUGGUUUAGAAAGCAAUAGUGAUGUGUUGUUAAUGGAGAGGUGGAGAGCAAAGAGACAGAAGAGUACCUCUGUACUUGGCUCUAAGAGAUUCAGAAUCUGAGCUGCUAAAUCAAAUGUGAUAUGAGGAUUUCAAUAUUAAUGAGUUCAUUGGAUGUAUAUUCUGUUUAUGCAGUUAUGUUCUUCAUAGUGGUGCUUGAGACUAUUUUCCCUAAUAUGUUUCCUUUAAAGGAUUUCACUGUAUUAAAAUUAGGAAGUGUGAAUAUCAAUAGAUAGCACUGAUGCUUUCAACUUCUAAUGAGUGUAAAAAAUUGUAUAAUAAUAUGAAUUGUCUAUUCCCUUAUGAACCAAGUGUUUUUGUAAAAAGGAAAAUGUCUUGUUCUUUCCAGACUGGAAACUGAUAGCAGUGACCCUCUUCAUGGUCUUGCCUUGUGUAUGACAUGUGUAGGCCACUAAUUGUAAUUAGAUUAAUCAGAAUUUUCAUUUUAGAGUGAGCUUUUUUAGCGUUUUAAAUGAGUCUGUGUUUGCCAUAUUUAGUGUUAUUUAGGCAUACUGGAAUUUCCUCAUAAAAGUCUUUAUUGUAGAUGACCUUAUUUAUUGAUGUACUGAAAGGACUUGGUUAUAAGGUAGUCUCAUCUAUAAGAUGAUUCUAUGGCAUGUGCCCCAGAGAUACCAAUAUAGUGAGGGUGCACUGUGUUUUUUAAAUGAAGAACCAUUACUAUUAUUUUAACCUUCUUCUUAGAACCCUUUUUUCUAGAUUUAAGAUUCACCCAUAGAUCCAGUGAUGCAGAGAACCUAAGCUUACCUGAAACAUGAACUCAUCUUCCUUUUAUCUUGAUGGUAACUUCCAUAGUGGUUAGUAAAACCGGGUCUUUACUUCGAAGGCAUAGAGGUUGAUGGGCACAGAACACAAGUAAAUUCUUCUUAAUGAAAAGUAUUCUACAUCAAUAGAUGUAGCAUUUUCAUCUCUUCAAAAAUAUCCUCAGAAGUAAACUGCAGGUAGACUGUUAGUUCAAUGUGCUGCUGGAAUCCUGAUGCUGAACUCAGCGUUUUUUACUUGAUUAUUUUCCUGCUGAUGACGUCUUUGUACGCAUACUGUACACUGUAUUGUGUAGUUAACACAGAGACUGUAGAAUUUUAUCACACGACAUUUUGAGGAUCAAGAAGAUUAUGGUGAGCUUAAGCAAGAUAGUGCUUUGAGAUGCCAAGGUGAUUUUUAAAACUAUCAAGUCAAAACAAAACAAAGGACCUGUAGCCACUUACAAUGUGUUUGAAAUUGUAAGGCCUUUCAUAGAUCUUGGCUUAGCAUUACUACCAAAGAUGAUAUUGGCUGGUCUUUUCCCCAUCCUAAUUUUCACAUAGUUAAUCUUUUGAAGUCAGACCACAUAAUGCAAUUUAUUACAAUUCAUCUUUAGGAUAAAAUGUAGGGUAAGAUUUUGAUGAUUUGAAAUCAGUAAGGAUCUUCUGAUCGUUUUUCAGUGGAGCAGGAUAAAGGGGUCUGUUAUCACUCAACCCCUAGCCUCCUGGCCAAGUUGUAACUCAGGUAAUUAUUUUUCUGCUUUUAUGCCUACACUUCCUUUUCUCAGCUAUUAUCCCGGCACUUGUACUGAUUGAGUUGAUUUUUCUCCCCUAAUUUCCUUCACUUAACUAUUCCAUCGUAUUAACAUAAAACUACCAGAUAGCUGCCAUUUGCUCCCACAAAAGUAGUGAAUACAUAAAAUCCUUUCUAAACAAUCUAUUUUGGUCCCUUGGAAUCCUUCAGUGAGAGAUGCUGUCGGUAGUAACUUCCAAAGCUUUUGUGCGUGUGGAGGAAAUAGAAGUGAUUUUGACUGUUGAGUUACACUUUGACACCUCUCACUCUACAAGAAUAGUACUAACUAAAGGUUAGUGUCAAUUGUGUUUCAAGGGAACUAAAAAAUAUGAAGUCUCUUGCAAUAAGGAAACUUUAUAGUUAUUACUAUUGGAUGUCUUCCUUGCCUUGCAAUCAUCAAGACAGUAUCACUCUUUUGAGGAGUUCCUUUUCUACUGUGACUUGACCUGAAAAUAAGACUGCCUUUAUUUGAGUCAUCCUCUUCCCCCGAGUCUCACCAAGGUAAAGAUUUGCCUUCUUUUUUGGAUUCAUGCUGCUAAACAGUCCUGAGAUUACCCUUCUAUUAAAUGAACCUUUUAAAUAUCCAAAAUCUUUGUUUAAUGUGUUCUCUUUUACAAUAAUGAUAUUACUUUUACUGAUGUUAUAACUAUUGAUCACAUUCAUUAUAAGUAAUUCUAGAGUACAUUGCAGUGAUGUGCAGAGAAGGCCAAGAGAAAAAAUGACAGCAGAAUGUUCAACAUAAUAUUUCAUAAGGGAUUUAGUAGUGUGGCCACUAAAACCUGCUGAUAAAGAGGAUGCUAUCCUGCCAUUGAUUUGGCAUUAUUUAUCAAAUAUAAUUGAUGUUAGUUAUAAUUUAAGUCUUAUUUUAUUAAUAAGUUGGGCCCAUUUCAAGUUUGUUCAUUAGACAGUGCCCUGCCAUAUCAGUUGUUAUUGCAGCAUAACAUAUCUUUAAAUUGGACUUAAAAAAAACUAAUAUUUUGUGGAAAUGAGUUUAUCAGCAUAGUUGCACUUGAGGGCUCAUCACUAAAUUAACAUGUGCUGUAACCCUUACCUAGGAUGUAUAGAAUACCUGGGUAUGGCAUUAUUUAGAUUCAAGUAUACAUGCACUUAGAUAACUAAUUUUAGCUUAAUGGAUGUGGAUACGCAAAGAUUUAAGCAAGUGCCUUGUAUUUACUGGAAAAUAUUAAUAACCAUUUCAGUUGUGAGCCUUCUAAAUGGAGAAAUAAUUUUGUACUUUUCUCCUGGCAGAACUUUCAGAAUGAAAAUUUUCAGAAUAUAGUAACUCUCUUCAGGAUUCAGUAUUUACUUAAGUUGUUUCUUUUUUGUAGAAAACUGGUUACAUUUGGUUUUCUGAUGCCAUAAGUGUCGGAAAAAUAGAGUUGUCUGGCAGAAUUCCAUAUCUCCCCCCUCCAGUUUGAUUUUAUUUUUGUUAUGAUCAAGUCAUUGAAGCCAGUCAGUCUGACUCUGCUAUAUGAAUAUUCACCAAUGCUCUAAUUUCCUUUUUAAAGUUGCCGCAGUAUCAGCAGGCAUAGAUGGAUGGUCUUUGAUCUGUACUGUUGUAUUCUCAUCAGGGGUAUCACAGAUGUCUGGGAUCAUCUUUUGACAUGCAGAAGGUGGUCAUUUCUUCUUGAGGUGACCAAGAUAUCAUUUUUAUUUGUAGAAUUGUGGAUUUUUAAGCAAGGGUUAGUAAUGUCAGCCUUCUUAAUAAAUAAAAAAUUAUCCAGAUUCUAUAAAAAUGUAACUGUACCACAACUCUUGUGAUACUUUUAGUUCAGAUAAAUUAUCUUAGUUAUAGAGGAGUAUGACUAUUUUAAGCUUUGGGAGCAUCAUGAAUUUAAAUGUGGCAAUAUUUAUCUGAGUUUACUUUCUUGACCUACUGCCACAGGACAGUACCACAUUUAUCAUCUUCCCCUCCCCAUAAGUUUUUUUUUCUGUUACAUAAUCACUAAAAGAGAGAUACACAGUGACAUGUAGGUGGCAAGUAUUGUGGAUAUGUAAGUAACUUCACAAUUUAAACUAUUUCCAGUAUGAUAAGAGCAGUGGACAAUAGUACAGUAUCUGUUAACUAAAUGACAACUUGGAUCAAGUAGUCUUCAGAAUGCAAAACAGUGAAUACAACACCUUUUGGUCUCUUAAUACAAGGUUUUCCAUUCCUUUUCCUAUAUGACCUGAACUCUUCACUUUUCUUUAUACUGAAGGAAGUUUCAUAGGAUCCUAGGAUCAUAGCUUUAGAGCUGGAAGGGACCUUAGAAGUCAUUGAGUCCAAUCUCCCAUUUUGUACAUAAACAGGUAGAGAGGUAAAUUGAAUUGUCCAUGGUCAAUGGAUAUAGCUAGUAAGUGUCAGAGGCAGGACUGGAGCCCAGGUUUUCCUGGCUCCAGGUCCGGUGCUCUGUUUGCUAAUACUCUGCUGCCUCUUACCAGCUUUAUGGGAGUUGAUGUUUCACACCUGUUUCAUUUGCUUUAUUUCAUUAUUAUACUUCGUAUCUGUUUUGUUUGUGGCAACAUAACUAUUGGAUUACAUAUUAUCCAAUGAUUGCCUAAAAGGAAUACAAUUUCCCACAAAGUAGAGAAAUUUUUACCAUAAUUUGGAGAAAACAGGUGGAUAUUUUUAACAUUUUUUUCUGGUCUUGUUUCUCAUUAAUGUUAAUGUAAAUUCAGAAGGAAACUCACUCAAUUUACAUAUUGAUGAUGGAUCCUGAUUUUUUUGGUAGCAAGUGUAUUUUAAUACAAAGUAUUAAAGAUUACAUAGAUUACAAAUGUAGAGUUAGAGGGAACCUUAGAGGCCAUCUAGACCAGCCCCUUCAUUUUACAAAUAAAGAAACUGAGACCCAAGGAUUUGCCCAAGAUCACCUAGGUAGUGUCAGAGGUAGCAUUUGAACCCAGGUUCUCUGCCCACAAGUCUUCUUUUCACUUUACAAGGCUAUCUAUUAUUAUAGAAAUAAUUCGUACUUCUAACCCAAACUGGAAUAAAUAAAAAUUUUUCUAAUAAACCCUUCACAAAAGACUUAGGGUUACUUGUUGAAAUCAACUUUUAAUGGUCAACAUGUGUAUUACCCAUGGUAAAUGUUUUUAUCUCUAAUUGAAAUUGCUUUCCCCUUUCUUCCAGUAAGCCUACUACCCUUCACUUCCCAGCAUUCAGGUAGUGCAAAAUAUUAUUAAUUUAAUUAAUGUUAUUAGUACAUGGAAUCUAUAGAAUAAAAUCUUAUAAAAUAGUCCAAAACCACAUGUAAAUGACUUUUGAAUUGUUUUGUUUUCCUGGGUAGAGCUCCUUAUAUUUAAAAGUAGAGAAAUAGUAGUAAGAAAAUGGUCUUACCUAUACUGGCCUCAGUAAUCUUAAGCAUACUUAUUUACAAAUUUGAGUUCAUUUAAAAGAAAAAGAAAACAGCACUUCUUAUUCAGGACCUGAAAUGGAACUAUUCAUUAUCUUUCCUCCAAUAUCCCUCAGAAAAUCCUUAUUAGACCUUAUGAAGCCAGGCUUAAAAAAAAAAAGCCUAGUCCUCUUUUUUUUGUUUCUGUUUUGUAUUUUAAACUCAGUGAUCGCUGACUUUAGUGGGAACUGGUGUUUGGAAUCGCCCAUGUGAGUAAACUCAUCAUAAACUGGGAAAUAGCCAUCUCUGUAUUUCCAUUUGCACAUUGGAUAUAGUAGGUGGCAUUAGUAUGCACUAGCUGCAAAGUAAUAGCACCUUAUUGGAGUAAAUAGUGUUUAUUUAUAAAGAUGUGUAGGGUUUUUUAUGUGUGCAUCUAUGUAGAAUGUUCACUUUAACAAAUGUGAAACUUGGUAUAAUUUAAUAUCUUUUUUCAUAGUAUUUGACCCUUUUGUUUAUUUUACUUUCAUAAAAUCUGAAAUCAUUCAACAUUCCUUUAGAUUCUCUGUUUCUAAGCUUGGGUAGCAGGGGUUGUACUCCCACAAAGGGCUUUCUGUCUUUGCUACCUUUUGUUCACUCUCAGAAAUCCAUUUAUUAUGAUCAAGAAGGUUUAAUCUUAGUUGCCUCCACUAUCAGCAGUAAAAUGGUGGUGGAUGUUAAGACCUACUACAUUGACUCCAGAAAUACACAACUAUUGUGGUUUUUUUAGAGUAAGUUAUGAUUGAAAAAGAGAAAGAAUACUUAAACCAAAGCCAGUUAUGGGGAGUAUUCUCUUCCUGACGUCCACCUUCACCUCAGUACUACAAGGAAACUGCAGUGCAUAGUGAACAAUCCAAUGCAUUGUCUCUGUGACAUUUCUACAGAAGGUCUCAGUGCUUAGUCUAUUUGUCUUGGCCUUUCUUGGCUCUAUGGAUGGGUUCUGGUCUAGGUGAGUUUCUUACUACUUCUGUAAGGUUUUUGCUUUUAAAUAAUUGAACAGAACAGUAAAUAUAGACUUGUGUCAACACCAAGAAAUAAAACUGCUUUAUUCUAAUUGUAUGCAAAGACACUAAUUGUUUUUUAACUUUCCAUUCAAGCCUUUUUGGGUAUUAAGGUUUUUUGCUAUUGAAUAGCAAAGAACUUCCAUUUGUCUUCUACUUUUCCUUUGCCCUAAAAGUAUAAACACUGCAUUUCAGUUUGACUGUGUUGCAUAUAGUUGGUUUGCUGUAAAUUUUCUUGUAAACACGAUUGCCUUGUUCAGUUUUGCUGUAAACUGACUCACCAUAUGAUGCACUGUUGAUAUGUUUUCUGAUGUGUGCUUGAUAAGAGUGAUGAAAUAAAGCUUAAAAUAUGUAUUGUUUGUUUAUUCAAA